AUGCAGGACCGGUUGAGUACGAACUUUUGCCAACAACAGCAACGACAGUCGUUCGAGAAGGAAGCAGCCAGUGAAUAUGUACAGACACCCAUGCGGCAAGGGAACGAGACCCUGAUACCUCCUCCGCCCACACCGGCCAGUAUUGAGAAAAGCCGACAACCGAUGCAUGCACGUAUACUACACCUGAGAGACGAGUUAUGCCAAGCAAUAGAGGAUAAUAAUACGGCUCGAGCUGAAGCUCUUCAGGGAACGAUCGAAACGCUCCGGGCCACGCUAGAGUCCCGCCCGGUGGAAAAGCGGCCCAUCCCGUCACCACGUACAUGGCCUGAUUGGCCUUCAAAUAGAUACCACCUACAUCAUGGAACGGGAUACGAGAGGGGCUCUCCUUUAGGCGUUUAA